UUGCCGUCAAGAAAUUUCACAAACUGUUGUACGGUCGCCACUUCACGUUGUUGACGGAUCACAAACCAUUGCUGUCAAUCUUCGGUUCGACGAAGGGCAUUCCCGUCUACUCAGCCAGCCGACUUCAGCGAUGGGCAACCAUCCUUCUUGGCUACAACUUCAACAUUCGCUACUGUCGUACUACAGACUUUGGUCAGGCUGACGCCCUUUCUCGCCUCAUCAGCAAUCAGCAGGAACCGGAGGAAGAUACCGUGAUUGCAGCUAUUCCGAUUGAGGACGGUGUGCGCCGUCAGCUAUCAGACGCCAUACGAAAUAUCCUGUCACUACCGCAGACAUCCGACGUGCUACUGAACAGGAUCCUGUCCUCCGCCAGGCCAUCACCUACGUGCAGACCUGCUGGCCAACUACUGCUCUCGCUGGCGAUCUUCGCCAGCUCUUCCUCCGCCGAGCAUCGCUAUCUGUGGUUGACUCCUGCCUCAUGUUUGCAGACCGUAUGGUGAUCCCAUCUUCCCUCCGGCCCACUGUACUACGCCAAUUCCAUGCCGCUCAUCCUGGUACCAGCCGAAUGAAGUCUAUUGCUCGCAGUUUUGCCUACUGGCCGGGUGUCGACGGCGACAUCGACGACCUGGUUCGACGCUGUUCUCGAUGUCAGCAAGCUGCCAAGAUGCCGCCUCGUCAACCUCCAAUGCCCUGGCAACCACCGGAGAGGCCUUGGUCACGCGUGCAUAUCGACUUCGCUGGCCCACUUAACGGAGUCUCCUACCUAAUCUUGGUUGACGCCUACUCGAAAUGGCCCGAGAUUGCUCCGCUGAAUCCAGCAACCGCAUCUGCCACUAUCGCCUUCCUACGACGCAUCUUUAGCCAGCAUGGCUUACCAGAAGUCCUGGCUUCAGAUAAUGGUUCUCAGUUUAUCUCGUCGACGUUUGAAGAUUUCUGCCGCCAGCACAACAUCCAGCAUCUUCGCUCCCCGCCCUACAAUCCUCAGUCUAACGGUCAGGCGGAGCGUUUUGUCGACACGUUUAAGAGAGCCCUCUUGAAAGCUCGUGGGGAGGAGACCACGGACGAGAUGGUCCAGGCGUUCCUGUUUUCAUACAGGACGACACCGAACCCGGCGUCCCCUGGUGGUGUUUCUCCUGCCGAAGCGUUGAUGGGCCGAAAACUGCGUACAACGUUUCAUACCCUCGUCCCUACCGGUGCGCAGCCCGCGCAGACUUCUCCAGUUUCUCGCAGCAAGCUCUCCAUCGGAACACCUGUCUUCGUUCGUGAUUAUCGAGCGGGGUUCCCAGACUGGAUUGAAGCAACUGUAGUAUCGCGCAGAGGCAGUAUGUUGUUUGACGUCGACGUUGGUGAUGACAUCUGGGUUCGCCACCACAACCAGAUCCGACGGCGACAUUGCAGUAACACAACUGGGCUCGAUUCGGCGCCGUUACUCGCUCUCUCGACAUCCUACUGGAUACCUUCGCCAUUCCGACAGAUCAGUCGGUUCCCGAACCCACUUCUGCGCCCCCUUCGGAUAUACCAUCUUCGGUAUCAGUUACCGCUCCCGUAUCUCCAGGCAUUAAACCACGAUUAA